AUGAAAAGGCUACAAAAUCGGAUUGUUAUAGAGAAAAUGGGGGAGCAAAAGUUGGUUUCUUAUACUAAAAAAUUGUUGUUGCAUCCACCGACAUUAACCCCAUCUGAAUUGUAUGAUGCCAUUAGUUUAAUAUUAGGCGCUUUAGAGAAACAUGAUGGAAUUGACUUGUCCGAUGAGAGUAUGUUGAAAGAAUACGUCCAAAUCUCUUCAUUUUUAACAAGUUUGAGAACUACAGGUCUGGACCAUAAAGCUGAAUACAUCUCAAAAGCUGCAGAAGCGGUUGUUCAACAUUCUGAUCUAGUCAAUCCAGACACAUUAACUGGAAAUAUAACAAAAGAUUGUACAGUAUUGGACAUUGUCGGAACUGGAGGAGAUGGACAAAACACAUUCAAUGUAUCCACUUCAGCAGCAAUAAUUGCCUCAGGUAUACCGAAUAUUAAGGUAUGCAAGCAUGGCGGUAAAGCAUCCACUUCGAAUAGUGGAGCUGGUGACCUUAUAAACCAAUUGGGUUGCGAUUCGUCAAAGCUUAAUGCUCAAAGUGUGCCUAAGAUUUGGAAUGAUGAGAAAAACACUUUUAUAUUUUUACUAGCGCCUUAUUUUCACAAUGGGAUGAAAUAUGCAGCUAAUAUAAGAAAGAUCCUAGGAAUACCGACCAUUUUCAAUGUCCUAGGCCCAUUAUUACACCCUGUUAAUUCAGUCAACAAGAGAGUGUUAGGUGUCUUUUCUAAAGAACUAGCUCCGGAAUAUGCAAGAGCAGCAAAAUUAGUAUACCCAAAUAGUGAAGUAUUUGUCGUUUGGGGUCACGUUGGCUUAGAUGAAGUAUCACCAAUUGGCAAGACCACAGUUUGGCAUGUUGGCUCAGUUUCCGAUGAAAUAGAGAGUUUCGAUCUUGAGCCAUCGAUGUUUGGUUUACAAGAACAUGAUUUAUCAGAAUGCGUAUCAUUGGGACCUAAAGAAAAUGCAGUUUUACUUAGAGAUGAAAUUUUAUCUGGAAAAUACAAGUUAGGCGAUAACCAUCCAAUCUACGAUUACAUCAUCCUUAACACUGCAGUAUUAUGGUGUCUAAGUCAAUCUAAUAGAGAUUGGAAAAAAGGUAUUGAGAUUGCCAAUGAAAGUAUUCAAUCAGGUUCCGCAUUGAGAUCGUUAGAUUAUUUCAUUACAAGUGUUCAAAACAUGUAA